GUGUCCCUCGAUUGGAUUGAGCCAGCCAUGGCAUGCCGUGUGAAGGUCUCUCGCCUCGCCAGUCAGUCCAUCAACACGUACACGAGAGGCCAUCAAUCAGAUCGAGUACAAUACAAUUGCACACAAUUACUCUCAGCACACGCCAGCCAACCGCAUAUAGCACAACCGCACGCACACACACAUGCACUCGUGCACAUCCUCGCACAUGGAGAAAAAGUGAGCACACCUCAUUCUUUCUCCGUCCAUCAACACCGCCUUUACUGUCUCUCUCUCUCUCUCUCUAUGGGUCGUGCAUUUGCAGGCAGCCGCCUAGCUCACAUCAUAUCUCUCGCGCCGUCUCCCCCUCCACACCCUCACCACUCCUCGCCCUUUUCGAAGACGAGGUUGAGGUCGCCGCCGGCCUUUUUGCUCUUAUGCAGCACGCCGAUCGUCACGUUGGAGUCCACGGGGUCGCCAUCGCACGUCAAACACGCCGACUCGCGAUCCAACAACUUCGGACAGACUACAUGACACGAACCACACACACACACGCAUAGACCCACAAGAGGUAUGGUGUGCCUGGAGGCGGCCGAGUGGGUGGGUGUGGACGGCUGUCUGCUCACAUCGGUCGAGGAUAUAGUUUCCGUCGCGGUGGCCCUCCACCUUCACCGUCCUCUCCUUGCCAUCGAACGAUAACACAACCUGACACACACACACACGAAUCAACACAGGCAGUCAAGAGGGGCGCAUGUGCGACACAGACAGAGGUCAGACGGCGCUUCCUUCCUCUCUGUGUGCGAUGGCGUAACUAUACCCGCACUAGUGUGUCCUCGCCGCCUGCAGCCGCCGACGCAGAUCCAGCCCCAGAAGCCGCCCGGCUCGCAGCAGCCACAGCAGCCACCGCAUCUGACACCACACACCGCACCGUCCACACAUCAUAUCAUACCCGGCGAGGGAGGAGUGUCCGCCCAUCCAUCCAUCCAUCCAUCCACUGCCUACUUGCGUGUGCGGCAGCAGCCAGAGCCCCCCGCUGGGCGAAGCUGGGAGAGGCCUUCGGCUUCGGUGAGGCCGCCUGACGCCUCGGGGCACCACCCACUUUGGCUACCUGACCAUACCAUGGAAGACAAAGCAUCCUCGCGCCUCUUGCCGGUGUGGUGUGUGUGUGUGUGAGACCUGCGAUCCCACCGAGCCUUCGGCAGCUGCACUAGGGGGAGGCUUGGCCACCGCGGGUGUCCCUGCAGCAGCUGCCGCGCCCGAGCGGGUGUGCGCCCAAGGCGAAUCCUCACUGAACGAAUGAAUGAAUGGCCAUUCAGUCAUCAACCACCCACCCCAGCCAGCAGACGCCCCCGCCCCCGUCUGUGCCGUUCGUUGCCUACGUGCGUGUCUUCUUCCUCUCGACCUCCUCGCUAUCGUCGUCAACGCCCCGCUUCUUCUUGGCCCGGCGCAUCCACUCCACCAUCUUGGGUGUCCUGGUCAAAUUCUCCUGCACACACAGCACACCAAGCACAGCCAUGAAGGCCCUCUGCAUGCAAUGCGAUGCGUCCUGCGAGGCCGCCUGGCCUGGCGGACAGUGCGUACCUACCUCCGGCUCCCAGCUGUUGUCCGUUUCGGGCCACCCCUUCCAACGCAGCAGGUAGAACGGCUUCUGACACAACAAGCAGCACAGAGCAGAGGGAAUGCCAAAUCCAUCAGCGGGCUGCUCUCUUUGCUGUCCCCUGUGCACUCACCCCAUCUCGGAUAUCGAAGUCGACAACGUUCUCUACCUCAUACACGAGGGUGUGUUUGUCGUCCGCGGCCGCCGCGCCGCUCUUCGAACGACCCAUUGCAGCUAACUUGACACGCAACCAACAACGCUCAUUCGGU